AUGGCUUCUACCUCUUCACCAGAUGAUACUCAUCAUACCCGAUCGACUAGUCUGCCAACCAGAUCACAUCCAAUCAUUCUUCAGGCUCAAGAGGAGAUCCAAAAAUUCAGAACUUGGGAGGCCUCCAUCUCAUCAGUCCCUACUGCAGAUACCAUCUGCAGCGCACUAACAAGGCUGCAAGUAUUGUAUGAAUGUGUCGAUAGUGUUCUCAGUUUGCCACUGACCCAACAAGCUCUUACUCAAAGCCAAUACAGAGAAUUGGUCAAUGGGUUGUUGGACAAAUCUAUAAGCCUUAUGGACAUAUGUGGCUCUACAAGAGAUUUGGUCUCACAAGUGAAAGAAAAUGCUAGAGAUGUUCAAUCUGCCCUUAGAAGGAGAAAAGGAGAGGUAAGUUUAACCACUUCAUUUAUCAAGAACCUGAAGAAAGACGCCAAAAAAGCUAUCACAUCUUUGAAGCAAAUUGAUGAGAAGAUUGGGGACAUGAAGCCCCUAGAUCUAGAUCAACACCUCUUAUCGGCUAUUAAAGUAGUAAGAGACGUUGGAGUCGUCAGAUCAUCUGUAUACAGGUCACUGUUGUUGUUUUUAUCUGGAUCUGUUGCAAACCCGAAGACAUCAAGGUGGUCACUUAUACAAAAGUUGUUACACAAAGGAACAGCCCACAGAAAUGAUAAGCUUGAAAUGUCAAAUGAGGAUAUGGUGUCCCUUUUUCAAGAAAUGGAGAAUGGGUUGGAGUGCAUGUUUAGGAGUUUGAUCAAGACAAGAGCAUCUCUCCUUAAUGUUCUUUCUCGUUAA